CAGCAUUAACCAUAACCAUUCCUUUCGGUUCAAAACUUUUUGCCAGCCACAUUGAUGGCGGCGCUCAAGCAAGUUACUGUUACAAUAUGGAUGUUGCUGCUGCUUGCAGCCAACGUGAAAACUGAAACUCUAGAUAAUAGUGUUGAAGAGGGUGAUGAUGAAUUUUCGCCCACCAUUUUCGACCCUGCUCAUCCUUAUGAAAGUGCCAACUCGACUUCCAAUGACCCAAGUUCUGACAAGAGAGAAAGGGUCAUCAUUCCUGACUGGGCAGUAUUCCUCCCCCAUGAGAGAUACUGUCAGUACUUCUAUGUCUUUGACGGGUCCCAGUCUUCCAUCUUCCGCUGCGUGAACGGAUACAGGUUCGAUGCGGAGAAGCUGCAAUGUAUGAAGUCAAGCUCCGUGGAUUGCGGUAGACGUCAAAAGAAUGUUGACAGCAGCGAAGAAAACAAAGUUGGAAUCAACUUCAGAUGCCCCAGGUGGACUGGACUGUACCCCCACCAGCAUUAUUGUCAUUUAUUAUACGACUGCCAGAACAAGAAGCCGCAGUUGCUGAUGUGUCCACCAGGAAUGCUGUAUGACAGCUACAAUGAAGGAUGUACACAGGACAGGGAUUCGGUCGACUGUGGGAAAAGAGAAAACAUCUAUAAGGACGAGGAUCCUGACAAUGACAUUGUUAUUGAUGACAAUUCUGAGAGGUAUCACUGUCCGGCGAAAUCUGGUGUUCAUCCCCAUCCCAAGUACUGCAACAAGUUCAUCAGGUGCUGGUUUGGCAUAGGGAGUGUGUACGUGUGCCCGAAAGGAGCGUUCUACGACGUCGAUCUCGAGAAAUGCCGGUCGAAGAAAUCAGUCUACUGUGAUGGCAGGAUUGAUCCAGAUGAUACUGAUUACGAAUUGAUAUUCCUUGAAGAGGAUCGAGGGUACAACUGCCCAGCUUUAAAUGGCCGAUUUCGACACGAAGAUUGCAGAAAAUUUUACCGAUGUGUCGAUGGGCAUCCAUACCUUUAUCUUUGCCCUUACGAGCAGCGCUUCGAUCCUCAACAAUUGCGUUGCAGAUUUCAAGAAUCAGGCGAAGAUAUAUGCAGCAAAGAGACUAUUGAGGAAGAGGAAGAAUUUGUCUGCCCCGCCAGAGAAGGUACCUUUAUUGAUGAACACAACUGCGGAUCUUACUACAAAUGUUCGAAAGGCAAAGCCCGCCAUAUUAACUGCACCGAAACUGAGCUCUAUGACCCGGAUUGGAGAUCGUGUGCCGACGAGAAAGAAGUCACGUGUGGAGACAGAACACUUCCCGGUGAUGAUCCCAAUGAUGAUGGCAGUAACAUUGUGGAUGAGAAUCCGAAACAGAAGUGCAAGAAACGCCACGGUCGCUUCACCCACGAGCAAAUUUGCAACUGGUACUACCACUGCAAGGAUGGAAAGGCGACUGUUCGCGCUUGCCCAAAAGGAAAGUUUUUUGACGCCAAGAAAAAUACCUGUGAGGAUAAUGUGGACUGUGGGAGAAGAAAGCCGAACGAUGAUGAUGAUGUUACCACAACUGUGAAACCUCCCGAGUUCGUUUGCCCACAAAAAAGUGGGAAAUUUCCUCACCCAAAAAACUGUGCUGCGUACUACGUCUGUGAAAGAAGUAAAUUCAAGAUGUUUACUUGCGCGAAGGGAAAACUUUACAACGAGAAAUCGCGCAACUGUGAAAAGGAAGAUAAAGUCACAUGUUCGAACCGGGAUCUCCCAGAUCAGGACCCUGACAGCAGAAUACUCGACCCUAACCCAGAUUUCCAAUGCCCGUCGUUCCACGGCUUUUUUGACCAUCUCAUUUUCUGCGACUGGUUCUAUUACUGCCGUGAUUCCGAAGCAAGCCUCUGGGAAUGCGGAAAAGGGAAGUACUUUGAUCGGAAUUCGAGAAUGUGUCUCCCGUCGGCGGAAGUCAACUGCGAGGGCAGACAAAGACCGGAAGACCGCAUAACUACGACAACCACAACUGAAGGUCCAAUAAUUACAGAGUGGCCAACAUUUAAGUGUCCAAAAGCAGACGGCGAAUUCGCGCAUGAACAUUGUGGAAAAUUCUACCACUGCACGAAAUGGAACUUCCACGUGCACGACUGUCCAAAAGACAAGUUUUUCGACGAAAAUAAAAACAAAUGUGAGCCCAAAAGUCGGGUUUCAUGCGGAAACAGGAUUAACCCUGAUGAACCUACAUACACAGAGCAUCCGAGAUUUGAAUGUCCAAAAGCAGAUGGGGAAUUCGCACACGAACAUUGUGAAAAAUACUACCAUUGCACAAAAUGGGAUUUCCAUGAGCAUGAUUGUCCAAAAGACAAACUUUUCGAUGCAACUAAGAACAAGUGUGAACCCAAAGAACGAGUUUCUUGUGGAGGCAGAAUCCACCCAGAUGGUAUAACAGAAAGUCCACAGGAAGAAACAACUGUUCCUGAUAGAGAAACAACAGUGACAGUACAAGAAACAACUGUGACUGAAAAACUAACCACGCCUACAGAAGCAACAACUGUGACUGAAAAGCAAACAUCACCAACCGAACCAACAACUGUAACUGAAAAGCAAACAUCACCAACCGAAGCAACAACUGUAACUGAAAAGCAAACAUCACCAACCGAAGCAACAACUGUAACUGAAAAGCAAACAUCACCUACAGAGGCAACAACGCAGCCAGAUGAGACAACACAAACUACAGAACAAACGACUUUGGAAACUCAAACGACACCUGAGCCUGCAGUAGAUACGACGACGAAUAAAGUAGUCACACCCGAGCCCACAACUGCUUCUCCACCUACAGAAACAACAAAAGACGGUAACACGGACAAAAUUAUUGAUCCCAAUCCAAAUCAUGAGUGCAAGAAGCCAAAUGGGAAGUUUGCUCACGAUCAAUACUGCCACUACUACUAUGAAUGCAAAGGGAACAAAGCACAACUCAGGCAGUGUCCAAAAUCCAAGUACUUCCACCUGGAACGUGGCACGUGUGAAAAUUGGUACGAGGUAUCCUGUGGCAACCGAUUGAAACCUGAAGGUGAGUAA